AUGAUAGUUUUCGAACAACUUCCACCAAAAAGAUCCGGGGAAAAGCUUAUGUCAUAUGUAAAAAACGCACAAUAUCAAAGGCUGGACCCUAAUGGAUCGAAAAGAAACUUAUUAAGUGCAGAAAAUUCAUCUAGACUAAGGGCAGACGACAUAGUGACAAUUAUUUAUAAGGACCAGAAGCCAAUUACAGGUCAGAUAUUGGCUAUAAAGAGGCAGGGAAUAUCAUCAAAUAUUCUUAUUAGAAACAAAGUGGGUGGUGUCGGUGUGGAUAUAUCAGUCCCAUUAUUCCAUCCUAAUAUUCUUCGUGUUGAUAUAGUUCGGAGACCAAUCAAAUAUAGACCAAGGGCCAAGCAUUAUUACAUCAAAGGUUCACGUUUGGAUGUUGGUGAUAUCAACAAAAGUCAUUAG